GCGCAAACUAGCUGACUUUUAGCUAGUUAGCGCCGACGCUAACUCCACUAGCCGGCUAGAUCUCAGGUCCAGUCUGCGGUUGACGUGUAAACACCACUUUUCUGCGAGGUUUGUGUUCUCCGUGAAUGGGUUUUUGGCAGAGUCAUGUCUCUCAGAGGCUGAACCUGAACCGAGCGAGUCGCACUGACACGGUGUAGUUACGUAGCUGUGGGCGGAUCUGCGCUAGCCAGUAGCAGCUAGCCAGUCGGGACAGGCUAGCAAUGACGGAUGGGAUUAUUCCUGCCGGUGUCUGGAUUCUCAUCCGCCGGACAUGAUUUCAUGGAGAGCACCCUACAACUUUCUUACAGACAGACAGAGAGACAGACAGAGAGACAGACAUAUUUGGGACGUUUUGGCAGAGGAGGACUUCGAUCGAGGAGACUUGCCUCAGUACAGCUGGACCUGAGCUGAUUUGUCAGCCUUGCGUUGAGUUGGUUUCACCCCUCAAGUGUCCUUUGGAUAUCAGCUGUCCAUGGUUGUCUGAACAGAGGAUAACACAGUAAGAAAGCGUGGCACAGUGUGCGUUCAGUACAACACAGCAAGGCUCCACCAAGAGAGGAGUGGAGAUCAACCAACAAGUGAAGAGAAAAAGCUAGUUUGAACACAAAAUGUCUCAAAACAGAGAACUGGUGGUUUACUACAUACAGUAUAAACUCUCCCAGAGGAACUAUCCUCUCAACCACAUGGGACUCAAUGAGCCUACAAACAGGACUGACAGAGGGGAGACAGGCUCGAGUGAGGAACAGCAGACAGCGACGCACGCCAACGGAACUUUAAAUGGCAUGAAUCCCGGGACCCCUCCAGAUUCCCCGCUGCGGCAGGAAAGGUUGCCAUCAACGACGGGUCUGGAUGCGGUGAAAGAGGCCCUCCGAGACUCGACCAAAGAGUUUGAGCUGCGAUAUGCCCGCGCCUUCAGCGAUCUGCACAACCAGCUGCACAUCACGCCGGCCACAGCUUACCAGAGCUUUGAGAACGUGAUGGACGAGGUGUUCCGGGACGGCGUCAACUGGGGCCGCAUCAUAGGGCUUUUUGCAUUCGGCGGGGCGCUAAGUGUAGAGUGUGUGGAGAAGGAGAUGAGUCCGCUGGUGGGCAGGAUCACAGAGUGGAUGACAGUCUACCUAGACAACAACAUCCAGCCCUGGAUCCAGACUCAAGGAGGAUGGGAGCACUUUGCUGAAAUCUUCGGGAACGACUCUGCGGCGGAGAGCAGGAGGUCCCAGGAGAGUUUCAAGAAGUGGCUGCUUGCAGGGAUGACCCUGGUGACCGGGGUGGUGGUUGGUUCCCUCAUAGCCCAAAAACGCCUGUGAGAGAAGAUGGACAACAACCUCUUUUAACACUCUUCUCCCAUGAUCCUCCCCACCUGCUACCUUCACUGCCCUGAUCGUACGCCACGCAAGUUCAAAUGAAGGUCCUGUUUGUCUCGUCAGAACUGCUGAAGAUGUUUACCUUUGUUUUAUCCCCCCCUCCUCACACAUCCCACAGUGGACUGAGAAUCCUCACAUGUUGUUGGACUUUUUGAAAAAAAGACCGGAGGGGGGAGGAGAUCGAGUAUUCCUGUUUUCAUCUUAUUCCACCCUGAUGAAACAUGAGUGGAUAUACAGAGACAGCCCUAUUAUUCUUUCAUUCACUCAACCAAUUGUUCCCACUGUUCCUUUUCUCCACUUGUAUCAUUUUUUAUUUUUUAUGUAUGUAUGUAUUAGUUUUAAUAAAUUUUUUUCCCAUCUUCAUCCUUAAAAAAAGGUAAAGCCUGAUCUCAGAAUUCACAGUUCACCUGUCUGAUACAGAGUCGGCGUGUUGUGUGGUCUCGGCCGCUCCACGCGUGUCGUCUUGAAAACUUGCAGCUCUACAUUAGCUUUGUAUGUGCCAUAUGGAGAGUGAGCGCAGGGGGAGGAUGUAGCACCUGCCCCUGAACAAGCUUCUGUAGUUCCCAUUUCCUGCCACCCUGCCAUUCAGAUCACACACACUCUCAGCGCAAUAUCAAUAACCCAUGACUCCACACACUUUCAUGCUUUUUGUAAUAAUGAUCUAAAUGAGUCCAACAGAUUUUAGUUAACAGAACAUGGGAGUCUUACACUUGAAAGCUCAACAGGAAACUAAAUCCUCUGCUUGUUUGUGCGUUUGCUUUUUGGAUUUCUGAACCAUUAAAACCUGCUGAUCCGUGCUUUAUGGUCAUACUUGGCCUCCAUUCGAUCCUGCCAGAGCACUGUGUGUGUGUGUGUGUGUGUGUGUGUGUGUGUGUGUGUGUGUGUGUGUGUGUGUGUGUGUGUGUGUGUGUGUGUGUGUGUGUGUGUGUGUGUGUGUGUGUGUGUGUGUGUGUGUGUGUGUGUGUGUGUGAGAGUGUGAGUGAGAGAGAAUCAGCGUUUAUCCAAGCAGAGCACCACGGCUCGGACCCUCCAUGUUUACUACGCAGUAGCUAAAGAAUGCAGCAAGUACUGUAGCAACACACACGAGAGACAGAACGGCGGUGGUCUUUUAACAGCAUCAGUCAUGAGGGUUUGAUAUUUGGAUGCACUUUCAUUUUAGUUAUAGAUUACUUUAAUACCCCCCCCUCCAUUAAGCUUUGAUAGACAAUACAAAACUAUUCAUUAAAGGUUUACAACACGCUGUAAUGUAAUUGCAAGCAGAUAUAAGAACAAUUAAAAAUUGUGAUGUUUUUGUCAACAAUCUCUGCCUUUUCUUGUUACCUAUUGGGUUAUUUGAACAUUUCAUUUAAGAUUAACAUCUUAAUGAGGCAUCUGCAGUAAGCAGAUAUAAUAUCAAUCGUUGCAUUGUGCAUUAUAUUGCCAGACAUUCAUUAUCUGCUCAUACAGAUUAUUAUAGCUUUUCACAUGACGUCUCUCUUUUCUCUCUAUAUAACAAUAAACUGAAUUCGAUUUAGUUUAGAGACUGUGACAGGCAUUUAUCACUGUUGACAUGUUGCAGACCAAACCAGUAAUUAGUAAGUGAGAACAUGACCAUUAGUUGCAGUCACAGUUGUUUCUAUACACUGUUCCACGGGGAGGAGGGGUAUAAAAUAAUUUUCAUUGAUCGUUUGGCAAUACUCAUAUGCUGCAAUGUUAAAACAGAAAACCUUUCGGCUGUUUUUUCUGCUAAUCCACUAAUCAUUCCUUAUUCUUCAUCCGUCUCAUCAUCUCAGCACCAGAUUAAAGAUUUAUUAAGCAAACGGCUGGAGCAGCUGCUUCCAGGAGACAAUGCAGUUCUGCAUGUGAAUUGAUUUGAGUUAAAUGUGACAAGAAAUGUGUCAUAAUGUGUCUGUUCCACAUUUUAAGCAAAUCAGCAACUGUCAGGGGCUGUAGGAGUGUGAUGCUACACACCCAAACUUUCAUAUCUCAUCUCACAUGCUCACUCAGUCCAACCCCUCCACGUCUCCACCUUCUCCUCCCCAGACGCCGCAAAUCUGUCUAAUCUCCGUCCGUCUCUCCUCCUCUUUUCCCGCUCCAUGCAGCCCCACCUCUUCCUCUGUGGUCCCCCAGCUGUCACUGCACCUAGUCACGUGUGUCAGUCACAGCUGGCCCACCUGCUGCUUCACACACAUACACACACACGCGUGUAACAUACACACCUGCCAGUCACAUGUAGUCCAGGAGAGAUGGGGGAAGAAGACCUCGUCUUUGUUUCUAAACAUCCUUCCAUCUCUAAUUUGAAGCUGGAGGAGUGGGUGUCGUCUGGCGUUUCACACACUGACAACUGUCAGCUCGGCUAAUUUAAUGGGAAGGGAGGGAAAAGGGUGCGUGUGUGUGAGAUCCUAUUCCGAACACUGCCUCCAGCUAACAACUAAGAACACUAUGUCCUGGUGUAAUGAAACACAAUACAGGUUUUUCAUCCGAACUCAGAAAGAAUAUAAAAGAAGAAAUCAGGAUUUACAGGUGGAACACUCAUCACCUCACUGUCAGUGCAGCCGUGCCUCCAUCAUCUCUUUCCAUCAGUGUGGACUUCUGCUGUCUCCAUCUUCACAGUACCAUGUAACUAUUAUGAACACGUUUCACUAUAAUAGAGUAAAAGACACAAAUAUGACCCUGCAUCGACUGUUGAUGAUUCUCCCUUUGUAAAUGCUUGUGUCCUGAGCAUCUUGUGAGCCAACGUCUGCUCUCAUACAUUCCAGUCCAGCAUAUAUACAUGAAUAUUCUAUAUUUUUCUAAUGUGUGCCCCGCCAAGAAGCUGCUCGUAGGCUUUUCUCUGCUGAACAGGCUCUUAAACCAGUUCCCUUCCUAAACAUAAUGUGUGUGUGUGUGUGUGUGUGUAUGCGUGUGUACAACUUUCUGUCUAGCAAAAUGUACCUGAAGGAGGCACAAAUGAAGGUAGUGUGACAGCAUUGGCACAACCCUAUACAUAUAUAUGUAUGUGUAUAUAUAUAUACAUAUAUAUAUAUAUGCUAGCUAUUUAAACUGAUUAGAAUAGUUCAUUAGCUUAGCAACAUAUUUAAGAAAAACUGAACCGAUAGCUUUUAAAUAUUAUUUAUAUUUGGUGUAAAAAACAUAGUUACGCCUCUUGAAAUGGCCUUAAACUCCAUCUUUGCGUUGAUGUGCAUCGUCCUUCAUUGUGUUUUUGUUCUUUAGGAUUAUUGGACUGCUACUAGACAGAAAAACGCAGACAAAGCAAGAGGAUAUUUUCAAAAAGUCCGGUCUCUGGUGCAUCUUUGUGGGUCACAAGAGUACAGAAUCAGAGAUUGCAAUGUCCAGUGGUGUGUCUGUAUGUAUUAGAAUGGCACUGUAAAAAUUGUAAACUGCAUUGAACUCAAUAAAGCCCAUGUUGAAAGAUA